AUGCAAUUCUCUACUCUAGCUACCGUCGCCGCUCUAUCUGCCGUCGCUUCUGCCGCCGCUAACGUUACUACCGCUACCGCCACCGAAAAGACCACUACUCUAGUCACUAUCACUUCUUGUGAAGAACACGUCUGUGAAGAAACUGUUUCUCCAGCUUUAGUCUCCACUGCUACCGUUACCGUUAACGAUGUCAUCACUGAAUUCACUACUUGGUGUCCACUUCCAACUGAAGAAGCUAAGGUUACUUCUAACGCUACUACCCAAGCUACUUCCAAGGCUUCUAACGGUACCACUUCUCACAGUGUUACUUCUUUUGAAGGUGCCGCUAACCACGUUCUACCAGCUGCUGGUGCUCUAUUCGCAGGUGUUGCCGCUCUAUUAUUAUAA